AACAAAGUUAAUCGAUAUCGAAAAAACUUUUUCAAAAUUAAUGUAAAAAUUUUGCGCUCUUUAGAACGCAUUCGACGAUUUAGACGAUUCUAGAUCGUCUAGUAAUAAAUUUCUUCGUAAUUGGAAACAUUUGUUAAUCAAAAAAUUGAAUAUGGCAAUGCCUCCGUAGUGUAUGUAAAAAUGUUUUUUUAAUUAAUUAUAAGCACUGAAAAUAUAGAAAAAAGAAGAAAUUAAAAAUGACGGCGAAUAUUAAAAUACGUUUGGCUCGAGAUCGUGUUGAUAUGGGUUUGUUAGCUCAAAAUCAAGCGAACGCUCCACGUUUAUAUACGCCAGGUGAAGUAGUUAUUGCUGAAGGCGGCUUUAUGAAAGGUCAUGGAACUUACGGGGAAGGAGAAGACAUUAAAGCCUCGGUGGCCGGUGUUAUUGAAAAGGUUAAUAAAUUAAUUUCUAUUAAACCUCUGAAAAGUCGUUACGUCGGCGAAAUAGGCGACGUAGUUGUUGCACGUAUUAUUGAUGUACAGCAAAAACGCUGGAAAGUCGACACUAACUCAAGAUUAGAUUCAAUUUUAUUACUAUCCUCUGUUAACUUGCCGGGUGGCGAGCUGAGAAGACGAGUGUCAGAAGAUGAGCAGACCAUGCGUAAAUAUCUGCAGGAAGGAGAUCUUAUUUCAGCCGAAGUACAAAAUAUUUACGAAGAAGGUACAUUGUCUCUAUAUACAAGAUCGCUAAGAUACGGCAAACUUUCUCAAGGAGUUCUGGUAAAGGUGUUUCCCUCUUUGGUAAAAAGGCGUAAAACUCAUUUUCACAGUCUACCCUGCGGAGCAAGUAUUAUCCUUGGCAACAAUGGUUUCAUUUGGAUUGCGCCCACAGUUAAUACUGAUGUGGAUGGUGGGGAUGGUGGUUUUUCUCAGAAUCUUACCGAAGUUGUACCAAAAGCUGACCGAGAAGUCAUCGCCCGUGUUCGCAAUUGUACGUUAGCAUUAGCUCAUUGUAAAAUGAUGCUUUAUGAUACGAGUAUAUUAUAUGCCUAUGAGUUAUCCAUGAAAUAUGAAGUUAAACAAUUGCUUGAGCAGGAAGCCAUAUUCGAUGUAGCUUUUCUAACUAAACAUAGGCUAAGAUUGCAAGAUGAAUAGAAUGCAUUUGUAUAUUGUUAACUUAAACUAAACUUUUGAUAUAUUUUUUCGACUU